UGUUGACAUUUUGCCGUGACUUCGUAACACAAACAACAAUUUUCCUUGCGAUGGUUUCAAAGUUGUAGAAUUUUCCUGUGUGAACCGGAAAUUUUCCGCUUUUCCAGCCAUGCUGCGACAUCUGGUUCGCCGGCACAUAUACUGCCGGUGCGUGUACGCCGUCCAGACGCGCACCAUCAACGUGGACAGUUCGACUAAACUCGGAUUCCCUUGUGCGUACAACGACGAGGAAACGAGGAAGAUUCUCAACACAAUCAACGAACAAGAGGUGGAGGAACUGUACAAAUACAACAUCUCCAAGUACCGGCUGAAGAAGAUUGAAGGAUGGCGUAAAAAGUUUGGCUCCUUUCUUUCGCUGGAGCAAGUGCUCGAGCUGGACGGGUUCGGUGUGACAGUGCUGCGCAAAUUCUACGAUUCGAUCGUGCACGGUCCAAAAGAAGAUGUGGCACUAGCACCGAAGGCGAUUAAACGAGACGUUAAAUUUACCACCCCGAUGUUAAGCGCUCAGAUGAUACCGAAAGUCAACAGCUGCGUAUCGUUGCAUGUCGGCUUAGAUUAUGUGACCUGGGCGCACUUCAAGCUGGCAAAAGAACAUCCAACUGCACUGGCAGGAUGGAACAGUUACAACAUUAGCGACCGCAAGCUACACAUCAACGAGCUGAUCCGGAACGUGUCACAAAUGAAUCGUCUCAUCCCGGCAGCAGAUGUUUACGUGGUGGAGAACCCGCCCGUUGCACAAGCCUCCGCCAUGGGGUCGGCCGUACAGACCAACAUUAAUGUGCAGCGUUCGCAGCUGAUCGGCAUGCUGAUGCUAAUGCUGGCCAACCGACCUUCUCCAUUUACUGACGGUGGCUCGAACCAGCCGACGGAUGGUUCCAUCGGCAGCAAUGUGUUCUUCCUGAAGCAAUAUCUGUCCGCCCGGCUGUUCGGUAUCUUUGUCGGCAAUGAACGGGUCUCCUCGGAGGAAGUAAUUCGAUCGAUCAUGGAACGACAGCUCGCACCGAACGAGGAAGAACUGGAAUCGAUGCAAUCCCGUCUCAAUAUACCGUCUGGGUUGAAAAUUAUCUACGAAGAAAAUGAUAGUACCGAGCGCGAAUUUCUUGGCCAGUCCCUCCUGCUCGGGCUAACAUUUUUGCGACUUUGCAUCUUCAAAUGCGAGGAUAGUUUGAAAAUAUUUCGUCGAUAAACGUACCCUGUGAUAGCGAAAUUCCUCUUCAAGGAGGACGUAGAAGGGAAUUAAAUGCAAAUGAAAUGUAUUUCGAAGAGUA